AUGGACCGUUAUGUCAAGUCCACUGUUCUGCCACUGUACGAAGCGGCAGCUUUUGACAGCACGUUGGUGGAGAUUUGUAAAAAGUUCGGUCCUGCUGGCCUUCAAAUAGAAGGCUAUGGAUGCCCUGGCUUGACGCACACAGAAGCUAUUCUGAUGGCAAUUGAGAUGGCACGAGUCGACGCGUCAUUCUCCACAUUUUACCUCGUCCACUGCGGCCUCGCGAUGCAGUCGAUCGCUGUCGCCGGCACCGAAGAGCAGAAGGCCGCGUGGCUCCCCAAGGAAAAGGACUUCCCUGGUUUUUCAGCAACGAAGAUCGAGAACAAGGUAUCCUUGCGCAUCGUGCAGAACGCUGACAUUGUCUUGAAAGACUGCUUCGUACCAGACUCGCACAGGCUUCAACAGGAGGGCUUCUCUAGCGCGACAGCCCGCGUCUUGGAAUCGUCUCGUGCUGUUGUCGCCGCGGAAUGCGUUGGUGUCUUGCUAGCCCCCUUCCCGGGAGUCCUGCUCAUGGUAUUGCGCCUCGGUCGUCUGAUGGAUGAAGGGAAACCGCAUUUGAUGGCUCACAUUGCCCUAGCUAAAGCGACGUGCAGCCGUAUGGCUCGAGAAGGCAUCUCUCUUUGCAGGGAAGUACAAGGUGGAAACGGAAUUGUGACAGACUUCGGCGUGGCUAAGUUCCAUGCAGACAUAGAGGCACUCUACACGUACGAAGGAACCUACGAUAUCAACAUGCUUAUCGCGGGCCGAGCAGUGACGGGGAGGAGCGCGUUCAAGUAG